CAAAGCCGUCUUCAUCGCUCUCUUCCUCUUCGCCAUCCUGCUCAUCCUCUACGUUAUCCUGUGGUACAUCUGCCGCGACGCCGACAACGACUACAUCUGAGCUCGUGCGCGAAGGUCACGGAGGGGAACGGCGACGGUAGGACGAUGGUGGCUAUAAUGACCUUGGUCAUACUGGAGGAGCACUCAGUGUGACAGCAGAGGAGGUGGACAGAAGGCCAGAUAUGGAAGGAUCCGGAAACUGUAACAGGCGAGCAAGGAAGAACUGACCUGGGCUGACAAAUGGGGGACUGACUGGGACUGAUAAACGACAGGAAUACUAGGACACCAAGGAUGAAGAUGGGAGGGAAAAGAGAAAGACUGGAAUAACAGACCAUCAGCACUUUCAUCAUGAAUAAGUCUUCGGGUCUGCAGCAUUUGGACUGAGGUGCUGGUUAACGCUUAUUGUGAUUGUGUGUUGGGAGUGUCGGCCUGAUGGAGCUGCAGCAGAGGCGUUCGGUGGCGCUCAACAUAUACAAUCAUGGGGAAGAAAGAGAAACAGCAGAAACCAAAACUGAGGAUGUCUAUCAGUGUCUGCAGUAUCCUCCAACAGCCCAAAGGACAGAUGCCACCAAACGACCUGCUUUAGGGAGGAAGAUGAUGUUCCUGCUUAUAGCUCUCAUUGUUCUCUUACUGACCCUCAACCUCAUCAUCUCAGCAGUGCACUUCUUUCACUUCAGACAGACGCUGGGAGUGAUGAACAGACAGAGCACGAGCAAAGAGGUGUGGCAUCUCCAUGACAACGUGUUUUAUUUGUUCCGGAACGAGCUUGGUGACUGCAACACUGCCAAGAGAUUCUGUGCCAACAGAAACGCCAGCCUCGCCACUGUAACACAGCACAACAUGGAAUGGCUGCAGUCACACACCAAAGGAAAUCACCUCAUAGUAAGGAGGAGCCAAUCUGACGGAUCUGGAGACUCUGACUCCACAUUUAUGGAUGAAGAUGAUUCUGAGUGUGACCUCCUUGGUGUGACCCCUGAGCAGGUGGAGGGAUGGGUGUGUGAGAGAGCAGCACAGAUCUCAUGACUGUAUUUUGAAUAUUAAACUGUAUUUUGAAUAUUAAA